UCUGAAAAGCCUGUUUUCCGCCAAGCCAGAAGAAAGCCACACUUCCGGUCUGUGUGUGAAAAGCGGAACAAGUGGCCCUACUAAGGGAAAGGGGAACAAAGGACCAUUGAGUUUUCUUAUUCAGGUUAGCCAACAUGGGAAUAGCCUGCGCUCCGUAAUUCAGUCCCAAACCACGAUGUCAAAACGGCCAUCUUACGCCCCUCCCCCUGCCCCUGCCCCAACAACACAAAUGCCUUCCACCCCAGGGUUUGUGGGCUACAACCCUUACAGCCAUCUGGCGUACAACAACCUCCGGCUGGGAGGGAGCUCCGGAGGCUCCAGCAGGAACUCCUCAGGCAUCACCGUUCCAAAACCUCCCAAACCUCCAGACAAGCCACUGAUGCCUUACAUGCGGUACAGCCGGAAGGUAUGGGACCAAGUGAAGGCGUCCAACCCAGACCUGAAGCUGUGGGAGAUCGGAAAGAUUAUCGGGGGGAUGUGGAGGGACCUGACUGAUGAGGAGAAACAGGAUUACUUGAAUGAGUAUGAAGCUGAGAAGAUCGAGUAUAAUGACUCCCUGAAGGCCUACCACAACUCGCCAGCUUACCUGGCCUAUGUCAACGCUAAGAACCGGGCUGAGGCUGCCAUGGAGGAGGAGAGCAGGCAGAGACAGAGUCGUAUAGACAAAGGAGAACCAUACAUGAGCAUUCAGCCCGCCGAAGAUCCUGAUGACUAUGACGAUGGUUUUUCAGUGAAGCACACGGCAGCUGCUCGCUUCCAGAGGAACCACCGGCUCAUCAGCGACAUCCUCAGUGAGAUUGUGGUACCUGACGUGCGCUCGGUGGUCACCACAGCCCGCAUGCAGGUCCUCAAGAGGCAGGUUCAGUCUCUUAUGGUGCACCAGAGGAAGCUGGAGGCAGAACUUCUGCAGAUUGAGGAUCGCCACCAAGACAAGAAAAGGCGAUUUCUGGAGACAACUGACUCAUUCAACACUGAACUCCAGCGGCUGUGCAGCCAGAAGGUUGAGGUGGACAUGGAGAAGCUAGCAGCAGAGAUGGCUGCCGCUGAAGAGGCUGCAAGGCGUCGGGCGGAGGAGAGGGAGCGCGAGGUGGCCGAGCAGGCAGAGAGAGCUGUCGAACAGGCUCAGCAACAGCAGCAACAGCAGGAAGCUGCUGGAAACAAGGCUACCGAACAGAGCAGUGCUAAUGCUAACCUCACCUCAGGGACCAAGGAGGAGGACAAGCCCACACCAAUGGAGUCAGAUGAAGUGCCUACAGAGCCCUCGUCUGACCCCCAGCCUGUUCCACCUCCUCCAUCAGACCCUGCCUCUUCUGCCUCUGACAAAGCAAUCCCCAGCCCCGAGCCCCCGAGGGAGAGCAGCACUCCCAGCAGCAGGUCCCCCAGUGAUGACAGCAGCAACAGCAGCAUGCCUCCUCCACCGUCAGACAGCACCCCUGGAUCGGCAGCCCCAGAUGCCCCAGUGGCCCAGGAAUCCACCUGCAGUGCGGCUGCACCACCACUUGCCCCUGCCUUAGACGAGCCAGCGCCAGGACCACUACUGCCCCCCAGCCAAAAAAGCCAACAGUAUGAUAUGUAAUGUAGUCAGCUUGUUAGAUCCACAGUGGUACCUGUAGAAGUCCUCCCUGUGCUGCAGCUCUCCUGUACUCCUAUUCAGGUGUGGAAGAAGUGUGACUUGUAUGGUGGCUUUCUCAGAACAGAUGUCUAAACAUGAGAAAUGUUGAAUGGUUGAGGGUCUGUUUGUAAGGUCAGUAAAUAACCAACAUAUAUUUCAUGCAAGACUUCAUGUAGGAUUUCAUCCAGCUUCAUGCAGCUGGACCAAGAGUAUAGACAGGAAUAUGGGAAUAAUCUGUGUAUGCUUCCUUUAAAUUUGCUCAGUAUGCCUGGUUUGAUGAUGUCAGCAAAUUGUCACCAAAGAGUACAAAAUAUCAUCUGACUGAGUUUGUGCUCCAGGCACUGAAGCUAUUCCUCUGUUCUAACCAUGUCAUUUUGUUAGUAUGAAAUAACCUUGUAUCUAGACUUUAACCAGGAAAGUCUAAUCUGUAAAGUGGCAAAUGGUCAGCAGCAGCAGCAGUCAGCAGGUUGGCUGGUAUCAAAUCUGGAUCACUUGCAUCACUCUUACUACUUAUUGCUCCUGUUGUCCAGAGUCCUCAGAUACAUCUCCACUUGUCAGGGUACACAUUCACAACUUUAGUAAGUAUUUGAUGUGCACUUUUGCAUAGGACUUUGAAUAAUCACUGGUUUUAUAAAAUGGCAAACUGGUGAAAAUAUGACUCGUAACUUCCUCCAGCCAAAGGUCUUCGACAAACAAUCCAAAAUAUGACAGGGAAAAGCAUCAAACUCUUGCAUGUCAGAGGCUGGAACUGAUUGGAAAAUGAUUGAAGUGAUCGAUCAGUUAUCAAAGUAGUUAUUGCCGAAUACUCUUCUGUGGAUUGAUACACGGAGCUGUAAUUCUUCAUCACCGUACUACUGUGAGAAGGGCACUCAUGUCACUGUGUGAGUUGCUCUAUAUUACUAAUCAAGUUGUCUGUGACAAAAUACAGAUGCCAGGAUGAGUGGGGUUCAGGAGCUGGUUGUAGUGAGAAGCAAUGCUGAUUCUGUGUUUCAUAUAUAUUCAUAGUUAAAACCUCAAUAACCUCCACUGUGUAGAGCUGGCACUGUUGAACUGGACAGGUAUUUCUGAGCACACACACACAAACACUUCUAUACUACUCAGUUUUUAUAUAUAAAUCAGCACCCCUCAGAUUAUUGUAGUAUAUGAGUUUGUGACUUUCCUAACUACCAUUUCUUUGUUUUUAGAAAUCUAGUGAAACGUUUAGAUGAAUAUAAUCAGAUUAAGGUGACAUAUUAAACCUGGGGUUGACACAUCUUGGUAGUGCAAGUGAUCACUUCCAGUUCUGACGUAGGUGUGAAGGAAGCCGCCUUCUAAUUGUUUGUGCAUCUACAUUCUGCAUGCUAAACUAAAUACUACUCAUGAUCCUGUAAGUAUUUGAAGAAUUACUGCAAGAGCUGAGAGCAAAUAACACUUGCUGGAAAUGGAAGUGCUGUUUGAAUCUGUAGAAGAUCAUAUGAUUUGCAUCGAGUAUAAGAAUGGGUGUUUAAUAUUCCCCUGUCUUCAUUACAUUUCUGUAGAAAGAAUUCACACUUAAAUGAGCAUUUAAUCUGUAUGAGCUUCUCUAUCAGUUGAGGCAUUUUUUUAAAGAUGAUUUUCCUCAUUUUGACUGUGUAUUGCUGUUAACACCACAAGAGUUUGAACUUCAGCACUGACAUGCACACGCUACCCUCAUCCAAAUGUAACCUCAGCCACUUAUGCAUUCAAAGGACUGUUUUCUUACUUGAAACACUGUUUUUAGUAAUAUGCCUCUGUUUUUAUGCAUCUUUCUUUUCUACUUUCUGAACUUCCCUAAAAUAAAGAUGAUUUCUCAGUC